UCGUGUUGUUGCUGUACAACCCGGCCGCGGCCAUAGCUCCGACAACACACCCGACAGAAGGUCGCACCGUGCAGUCGCGAGCCUUCGUCCUCCACCUAUGACUCCACCAGAGCCGCGCUGCGCGUGUCUGAGCAGACAACAUGUCACCUGCAGACGGUGACGCGAAGGAGAGCGCGGCGGGAAAAGGCUUCAAGAGCCCCGGGCUGAGGGGGGCUCGGACCACCACCCUGUUCAGAGUCUUCAACCCGGAGCUCUUCAUCAAACCUAACAAGCCAGUGAUGGCGUUUGGACUGGUGACCAUCACGCUGUGUGUGGGCUACCUGGGCUACCUGCACGCCAUGAGGGACAAUGACCAGCAGCUGUAUGAGGCCAUCGACAGCGAGGGGGAGCGAUACAUGAGGAGGAAGACGUCCAAGUGGGACUGAGGACUGGACUCAACUUGGAACCCUAGUCCACUUUCCUCAGCUGUUUUGAUGAUGAUUUAGUGGUUGAUAUAAAUUAUAUUCAGCCUUAAUUCAUGUCUUUAUCAAACCUGAGCAGUGGUCUGUCUGUGAAGCAGACGCUGCCUGGAAGCCACUAAAACACUUGGAGCAUGGCUUCUGGUUCUGUUCCAAGAGUUUCUUUAUCUUCACAUUAUGGAAUCAAAUUUAAAUAAAUCCUAACUAUUUAAAAAUGAA